AUGACCCAACAAAUGGCAGACCAAUUUGGUGCCACAAUAUACUCCCCCCCUCCCGGCUACAUGGACUUGUAUUCUGUGUCACCACUCCUCUCCCUUGCCAGGUGGCAGUGGUGCAAGCAGCAACUCAUCAUCGCUCCCACUUCUGCUUCCAAACAGCCAUCAGACCUCUCCCUUUUCUGCUGGUCCUACCCAGUCAUGGGAAUGACUGCAGCCAGUGGUCAGAAUGAGACACAGUGGGCCUCCCCUCUGCCUCCCCUCAAUCUCAUCCCUCCAACACCAUUGAAGGAUAUCGACAAUAUGGCUCUGCGUGGCACCCUAGGCGGUAACACAUUUACCAGGGUGUCUAGUCAACAAUUGGACUUAAGCUACUACCCCUCCAAUGCCCACACUCAAGAGUGGUUCCCAGAAGAGAACACAAACCUCAUUGAUCGCAAGUCUAGUUCACAGGAAUCAUUGACCGGACAGAGGUCAUCAGAGACCAACAACAAGCUCAAAGAAGGGUUUGUGCUGAUUGAUCGCACAUUCAAUGAUUUAUCUAAGUCUACCAUGAUGCUGACCAAUCAGGUGAUCAACACAUACCUGAAGAGUCAUGGACAAGAGGUUCACAGCAUCAACUAUUGGAAUCUCACCACAGGAGGAUUGGAGAAUGAUAAAGGUAAAGGAAAAGAGAUUGCAAAUGUAGAGGUUCAUGGCACACCAGGUAUGGCUGUGUGA